CCAGAGGAAGAUAUUCUCAUAGGUCUCGUUUUAGCUUCACAUGCAUGCCCUCUUAAGACGAUCGAUGGAGAACAGGAGACCGGCUGCACGUCCGAUGGCCUCCGAGCUUCUCAUUCUCCUCAUGUUUCUUGUUGCGGUUGCGGCUACCUUCCUUGUUCCGGUUCAGGGCGCUGUCCAUUAUUACGAUUUUGUGCUGAAAGAGAAGAACUUCACGAGGCUAUGCAACACCCAGAGAAUGCUGGUGGUGAAUGACAGCCUUCCGGGCCCCAUGGUUCGGGUCCAUAAAGGGGACACUAUGUAUGUCAAUGUCUACAAUGAAGGGGAUCACGCCAUAACGAUCCAUUGGCAUGGUGUCAAACAACCAGGGAAUCCAUGGUCGGAUGGUCCAGAGUACAUUACGCAGUGCCCCAUCCAACCGGGGACAAACUUCACGUAUGAGGUGAUAUUCUCAAAUGAAGAGGGAACCCUCUGGUGGCAUGCGCACAGUGAUUGGUCUAGACACAGUAUAUACGGAGCAAUUGUUAUCGAUCCCGUCAAUGGAACUACGUACCCGUUCCCAGCUCCUGAUGGCGAAGAAAUCCUCAUCCUCGGAUCUUGGUACGACUUUAAUGUUAAUGAAGAGGUGGACGAGGACUUAAUCACUGGAGGAAACUUGCCCGAUUCCGAUGCCUAUAUGAUCAACGGCCAGCCAGGAGACUUUUGUAAUUGCUCUCGAGAGUCGACUUAUAGGUGGGUAGUUGACUAUGGGAAGACCUAUCUCCUCCGCAUAGUGAAUGCGGUCAUGAAUGCCGAACUCUUCCUUGCCAUCGCGGAUCACAACUUGACAGUGGUCGGGAUGGACGGGAAUUACGUUAAACCCUUUGUUACAGGUUACAUCAUGAUAAGCCCGGGACAGACUAUAAAUGUCUUGCUCACAGCAAACAAGAUGCCAGGCCAUUAUUAUAUCGUGGUUCAUAAUUUCGAUACUACCCCAACCGAUGCUGCAGAAUUCUUCGAUCAUGCAAAUGCCUCAGCGAUCCUCAUGUAUAGCGGUGACUACAGUGCCCCCGACUCACCGAUCUACCCUUCACAGCUCCCAUAUUAUGAGGAUUAUAAUGCUGGGAAUGCAUUCUUGGCGAAGCUCAGAAGCUUGGCCGAUGAGCAGCAUCCUGUCAACGUCCCAAUGAACAUUACGACUCGAAUGUUCAUCACAGUGUCUAUGAACAUAAUCCCCUGCCCCAAUCAGAGUUGUGAUGGGCCCGUUGGGGAUAAGAUUGCUUCGAGUAUGAAUAACAUCAGUUUUGUGAAUCCGGGCAUGGAUAUACUUCAAGCUUAUUAUCGUAACUUGAGAGGGUUCUAUACGCCCGACUUUCCGAAUUGGCCGCCCACGAUGUUCAACUUCACAGAGCAUGGUCUUCCAUACUCCCUGGCAGUACCACAAAAGGCGACGAAGGUAAAAAUGUUGAAUUAUAACGAAGAGGUGGAGAUUACAUUCCAAGGGACAGCAUUGAUAAACGCAUCCGAGAACCAUCCGAUGCACAUGCACGGCUACAGCUUCUACGUGGUAGGGUCAGGCAUCGGGAAUUUCGAUAAUGUCACAGACCCGUUAAGUUUUAAUUUGGUCGAUCCGGUGGAAGUCAAUACAGUUUCUGUUCCUAAGAAAGGAUGGGCUACCAUAAGAUUUAAAGCAAGCAAUCCUGGCGUGUGGCUCUGGCACUGCCACUUGGAUCGGCACCUGAGUUGGGGCAUGGAUACCGCAAUGAUCGUGAAGAACGGCGACACGCCGGAGACGAGCUUGCGAAGGCCCCCGGCUAACAUGCCAAAAUGCGAUGUCCCCUUUGCAAGUUGGCUUCAAAGUCUAGAUGACUCAGAUGAAGAAUUGGCUCAGUUAUUCGGACAGCAAUAAGAUCGCCAGCGGCAUGUAUGAGCCAUUCUCCCAGGCAUCAAUUACUUGAGAUUGUAGAACGGAAACAGUACGGUACGGUGACAGAAGCCCUUGACUAAUAAAAUACGCCAAAUUUUUUUUUUUUUUUACUAUAAGGGAGGUCUAUAACUUUAGAAUGGAAGGAAAGUGGACUUCAAACUUCUGCCCCUCUCUCUUGCAUUUCUUUAAAUUACUAUAUGGAAAUUAUAUAUAAGGUGCAAAUUUAUGACACAUGCACUUACAUGUA